AUGAUAGCUCAACAUUCGCUUUACAUUUUGGGUUUAAUUAAUCUUAUUCUAGCGGCCAUAGCUAUUAUUUGUGUCAUACAAGCGGAAGAUGAUCCAGCAUAUUUUUCGCUUGUCUAUGUUACAAUAAGUAUAUUCAUUUUUUAUAUGGGCACAAUUAUUUUUAUUAUUGUAUUACAAGUCAUACAAACAUAUAAAGCACACAAUAAAAAAAAAUCAUCGUCAGCGUCAAUACAAUCGCCAUUGCUAACACCAAAUUUAAUUAAUCGAAUAAAUUCAGUUCUUGUUGAAAGUAUGACUACGAAAACACAACCUAAAACAAGUCUAUCACGUAGUCAAACACUACCAUUAACAUCAUGUUCAUUAAAUACGCAUCAAACAUCGUCAAACUCAUUGUUAUCACCGUCAUCAUCAACUAAAGAGUAUAAACAGUUAACAACAAUACCGACAGAUCGUUUAGCUUUAUUACCUAAAUAUAAUCAAUCGAUUAUGCAUAUGCCGAAAAACUAUCAAUCAUUCAUAUUGACCAACAAUGACGAAUUAUGUGAAAAAAAUGAAGCAACUACUGAUAGUGACACAAAAACUGAUUUAUCACCGCUUAUUAAACCGAUUCCAAUUCGAUAUCAUGGGAAUACGAAAAAUCCUAAACCGAGAAUUCAAUUUUUAGAUUAA